CUCUCUUCUCUUGAUCGCCUCCCGCCGUCCCAUCCCAUUGUCAAAGCCGGACAGCGCAUGUUUCAUGCUGAUUGUCAGCUUCGAACGAGCCAAGCGCCUUUCUGCAAAGCGCAAGCUGCUGCUACCCCUUGCGUACCGACACCACCACCGUCCGGCUGUCCCCUUCCUUCCCCUCCCCUUCCCCCGGUGUCUCGCACUGCUUGCUCGCGACGGUGCGUGACACCCGCCUAUCAGCCACCGCUCUCCGCCAUCCUGUACAACCUCAAGACCCCACGGGACCUUUCCCGGUCCGCUCCGCUCCGCCCCAGUUGAGCCACAAGAUCAGUCGUGUCAGCAAGUCGAAACAGCGCAGGCCCUUUGCAUUUAUAUCCCCCUUACGGGUUCGUCCCCGUACUACGGAGCCGUGCAGCGCAGCGCAUAAUCGCCAUCUUCACCGCCGACGCUGCUGAAAGUAGCAUCGUCGAUAGCACCGACUCAUCUUUUCCUUCGAAUACAGGGACCCUACACACAAGAUGGGUUGUGGACCG